AACCACACCGGUGUGAGUGUGAGGGUUGGUUAGGUCACAGGAGUAGAAGAAUACCGAUCAAUUUCCUUCUCCAUUGGAGGAGGCUGCGACAAUGAUUAUGAUUCGCACCAAUUCUCAUCUUCAUCACGCUUUCUUCAAACUCACAGGUAUUCUCAUCACCGAUUCUUUAACAACCCCUCUUUCGUCUUCCAGAUUAGGUUUAGAAUUCACUCCUCACUCCACUUCUUUACCUUCUCUUCUUCACUCCACUUCCUUUUCAGAUCGUCCCCUGUCUAGGUAUCAAAAACUUACCAGCUUGGAUGAUGCCUUUAACCUGUUCGAUGAAAUGAUCCAGAGAAAACCCCUCCCAUCUGUUAUCAAGUUUAAUCAGUUGUUGAGUGCUCUUACCAAAUUGAACCAUUUUUCUUCUUGCCUCCACCUUUUUAAACAAAUGUGCGUCGUUGGAGUUCCUGUUGAUGCCUACUCUAUGAAUAUUGCCAUCAAGUGUUGUUGUCAGAUGUCUCGCACCAACGGCGGCUUUGCACUCCUAGCUUCUUGCUUCAGGCGAGCUGUUGUACCCGAUGUCUUCACAUUUAAUACACUCUUAGAUGGACUCAUUCGUGAAGAUAGGAUUCUUGAGGCUGAGAGACUCUUCAAGAAGCUCAUCAAACAGAAUCUAUGUGAACCCGAUGUAGUUACGUAUAACACGAUGAUUAAAGGGCUUUGCAAGUUUGGCAACAAUGAUAUUGCCAUUGGUUUGCUUAGGCUCAUGGAUGAAAGAGGCUGUAAGCCUGAUAUUUAUGCAUAUAAUACCAUCAUUGAUGGUCUUUGCAAGGACAAAAUGAUGGAUGAUGCUUUCAAGCUUUUCAAAGAAAUGGUAUUUCACAAAGCCAUUCAACCAAAUGUCAUCACAUACACCUCUCUGAUUCAUGGCCUUUGUAACUUAUGUCGUUGGGACGAAGUCGCUAAGCUUCUAAAAGAAAUGGAGAAGGAUGUAAGGAUCUCUCCUGAUAUUCAAACCUUUAGCAUAUUAGUUGAUGCAUUUUGCAAGGAAGGUAGGGUGGAUGAAGCGGAGGCUGUUAUAGACAUCAUGGUUGAGAGAGGUGUGGUUCCUAACAUAGUCACAUACAAUUCACUUAUAGACGGUUACUGUCUACGAGGUGAAAUGACCAAAGCAAGGUCGAUUUUUGAUUCACUUACUUCUAAAGGUCUCAUCCCUGAUGUGUUAACUUAUAGCAGUUUACUGAAUGGGUAUUGCAAGAGUUUGAAAAUAGAAGAGGCCAUGCAUUUGUUUCAUGAGAUAACAAGAAAAGGUUUGAAACCUGAUAUAGUCAGUUACAGCACCAUGUUACAGGGAUUGUUUAGGGUCGGACGUUGUGGAGAUGCACGAAAGCUCUUUGAUGAGAUGCGAGCAGCAGGCCAGAUUCCAAAUGAAUACACUUAUGGAGUAAUUUUAGAUGGCCUUUGCAACAACCAUAAAGUAGAAGAGGCGCUCUCUUUGUUUCAUUUGGUGGGUGAUAGCAAGCUAAAUUCUCAUAUUGUGGUGUACAAUAUUCUUAUUGAAGGUGCAAGCAAAUGUGGGAAGCUUGAUACUGCGAAGACUCUUUUCCAUUACAUAACUUUAAAAGGUUUGCAACCUAAUGUGCGAACAUUUAACAUAAUGAUUAGUGGCCUCUGUAGAGAAGGUCAGCUAAAGGAAGCAGAGGGCAUGUUUCUUAAAAUGGAUGAGAGUGGCUUUCCACCAGAUACUGUUACUUACAAUGUUCUUCUCCAAGGAUAUCUUAGGAACAAGCACUUUGAUGAUGUAGAGAUGCUUUUACAUGAAAUGGAUGGAAGGAGUUACUCACUUGAUGCUUCGAGUUUAUCUUUGUUGAUAGAUCAAAUUGCAGCUGGUUCACUAGAUCGACGUAUGAUUGAGUUGAUAGGUAGGCUUGUGCCAAAAGAAAUGAUGAACACUCCUGCCUAGAUCUGUUGGAGAUUCUGUUGAUCCAGGUCAACACAUUUUAGAAACCAUCAUUCUUCUGUUCGCUCCAAAGGUAUCACUCGCGUCUGUGACUGUUAUAGAAAGUUGCUUUUAGUUUUGCAAGAAUCAUGAUUCACCAUGUAUCUUGCAAGUGUUUGACUUUUCAAGGUUGACUAUCCACAAAACAACUGUUUGACUUUUGAAGGUUGACUAUCCACAAUACGUGGGAAUCUUGAGGGGAUGGUAAUGCCAUGUUAUUUAUCUUGCUUAUGCAAAUUUAAAUCAAAGGUUGUUCAUUUUGGGUACAGGGUAAAAUGGGAAUUUUACAUGGGUCAAAACAGGGUCGAAGUGGUUGGAAAACUUUAUGUUCAAUAUUAUCAUCUUUUUUGCUUUUUAAAAUAUUUGUACGUCUAUUAUUCUUUUAAUGAGUUCAAAACCUUGACAUAUAUGUAUUUCACUGAUACUAGAAGUAACAUUUCAUUGACUUUA